AGAUUUUGGAUUAGAUAGAUAGAUAGGGGUGUCAAGUGGCAAAUUCUUCAAAAGCUAUACCAACACAAACACAAACCAAUUCCUACUGUAUCUCAAUCAAAAAAUGGCCACACUAUUUUCAUCUUCAUCUCUUCAUUCAAUCCGUCUUUCUUCUUCUACAUUCCCCGUUUCUUCCUCUUCUUCUCAAUCCCUUCAAUUUUGCACUUUUCCAUGCCACCCUCGUUUGAAGGCACUGUCAAUAAAAAAGAACCGUUGUUUACUUGUGGUUAAGGCAGUGGAAGAUGAAACCCAACAACAACAAGAACAAGAUGUUACUGAGAUUGAACAACAGCAACAACCAUCAUCAACCUCGGAGCAACAACCAUCAUCAACCUCGGAGCAACAACCAGUCGUUGUUCCCAUUUCACCAUCAGAUACCCUCACAAUGCUCUUUCAGGCAGAGGGAACAUUGAAGGAAACAGCCGUUCCACCAUUGACCAAAGCUUUAGAGGAGAUCGAGGGUGUUAAAAAUUUGAAGAUUAAUGUAUUCGAGGGACUCGCAACUUUAGAGUUGGAAAAGCAGACAACAAUCCAAGCAACAGGAGUGGCUUCUGGUAUUGUAGAAACCAUACAAGGUUUAGGCUUCAAGUUACAGACUUUAAAUCUGAGUUUUGAUGAUGAAGAUGUUGUUGCAGUUGCCUAGACAGACAAAAUCUACUUGUGUAACAAACUGAACAAAAUUUCUUGAUUAAAGCCUACUGCACAAAUUCAUACAGUCCAGGCUUCGAUUAUCAUCUGUAAUUUUAUAAAUUAUUUGAUUUUGGUCGAUCGACUAUGGAUAUUUUGAAUGCGUACGUGAAUGUGGAAUCUCUUGAUUGCAGAGAA